UUUAUACAGUUUGAAAAUAAAAAAGGCGAAAUAUCAUUGAUACUUAUAUUAUUAUCUUCCAUCGAUGAUUCAAAAUCAUUUUAGAAGUAUCAAGAAUAUUAAGGAUGUAUCGUAGGUCCUAUCAAAGUGGAUUUUUAUCAAUUUUGUAUAGCUGUGGAUCAGCUCCUUUGGAAUUAUGGGGCAUGCACGUAAAAAACGGAUAUAUAAGACGGGUCAUUGACGAAGAGGUAAAAUCAUUAGCGUUGGAAUUAGCUGGAACUAAUGUGGCAACAACCUACAUUUAUUGUCCAGCAGAGAAGAAAAAAGUUCUUGGAAUUUCAUUACCUUUUUUAAUAAUGAUUAUUAAAAAUAUGAAGAGGUAUUUUACCUUCGAGAUAACUAUUCUUGAUGACAAGAACAUGCAUAGAAGAUUUCGUGUAAGCAACUUUCAAAGUACUACAAGAGUCCGUCCCUUUUGUACGACCAUGCCAAUCGGUUUAUCAGGUGGAUGGAAUCAAAUUCAAUUUAAUCUAGCAGAUUUUACGCGGCGUGCUUACGGCAGUAAUUACAUCGAAACAACGAGGAUGCAAAUACACGCUAAUUGUCGAGUUCGACGGAUCUAUUUUGCGUCCAGAUUAUACAGUGACGAGGAAUUACCAGCUGAAUAUAAACUGUUUUUACCUAUACAUCGAAAAAAAUGUGUUAGAGAGAAACCAGAGGAUAGAGAAAUUAAACAUGAGAAACCAGAGGUCGAAGAACCACCAGUAUUGUAUAAAACUCCAUCCGAACAAAUUAUUAAAGAAGAAGUCGAAAAAGAGGAAGAACCUGAAAUUGAAGUUCCACCGGAAGUUCCAGAACCGGAACCACAACCGGAAGAAGUCCAUAUUCCUGAACCUAAGAUACCGAUUGAAGAUGAAAUGGAAGAAUAUGAGAUAGAACAUGAAUACGAAAUCGAUGAUAGACAUAUAUUUGAAGAGGAAGACACUGUAAUCGCAGCUAUCGAGACAGCUGUCGAGGAGGCUGUCGAGGAGACUGUCGAGGAACACGAUGAAGAAGAAGAUUUUAUCUUAAAUGAAAUGGCCAUGGAAGAUGAAGGCUAAACUGCAAGAAGUCAUCUGCUUCUAUUUUCAUAGGUGGCAUAGUUUGACCGGAUGUAACAUGUACUUUUGGUUUUGGUAUUUGUGCUUUAACCGUGGCUGUUCCUGUUGGUGCUAUAAAAUUAUAAAACAUAAGUUAAAGGAAGAGUCUAUAUAAAUAGUAGAAUUUUAAUUGUAAAAUCUUUUAGACAUGGUUUUAUCUUACAUAUUUGUGCACUUAACGAAAUGAGAUAGGAAGGGAUAGUUGAAUGGAAUUGAAGGACACGAAAAUGAUCUAAGGAAUAUAUAAAAUGUAGGUUAUAUAAAAAGAAUAUUCUUUUGCACAUUAAUAUUAUAGAACAUGUAUAAAAAAAAGUUAUAUAAUUAAAUAUUAUACCUGUUGA